CGGCGGCAUAUUCCUCGGUGCCUACUUCUCAUAGGCCGAUAAGCUUUGCUUUCAUUCCUGGUAGCUUCACCACCGCCUUGGCUCCAUGCUACCCUUGCGUUUUGUGAUUGUCUGGAUCGGAUGAGCGUGAUGCUUGGCGGAUCUUGAGGAGAUCGAUUGGCGUUGCGCUUGCUAGGGCUUUGGAUUGGAGCUGCCGGAGGUGAGCUUUCUUGCGAAUCUUGGCCGAAAUAUCUCCUCUGCGCUCGAAUACGAUGAUUGGGAGUAAGAACAUCGCAGUCGCCAAUGCCACAAUCCACCACAGAUUGCCGCCGAAUGCAGCUCAAUCGUGGGAGCACGACAGGGAAUCUUGCGGCGAGUCGAGAUUGCGGAGCAGGGCUUCGUCGUCGCCAUCGUCGACGCUAACAUCCGAGACCUCCAAUCAAUCCAAGAACUACUCUGGCGAUGACACGAAGGAGGAAGAAUCCUUGGACACGGCCUGGACGGAUGACAGGCACUCCUCGUAUCUAAGCAGCAUGGAGGAGAUGUUUGUGAGAAAUAUGUAUGACCGGGAGUACUGUGCUGUGGAUAUCUGUGGCGAGGCUGCCUCUUCGUGUGAUCAAGACUGUGUGGAAUCCAGGCCUCUUAGCUUCUUCAAGGUGAUGCAAGGUGGUGGAUGGCAACCAUUGCCAUGUCGAAGGCUCCACUCUUGGGAGCUUCCAUCUCCAAACAUAUUUUCCAGCCCCUGGGUGCGGCACUUUACAUCAUCCAAGUCGGGUGCUGUGGACGAUCAGUCUGAUCCAACUGCCGCUACUCCUCCCAAGGCCAAGGAGAGACUGAUUUGCAGAACUUCCACUGCCUACGAGCUCGAGGACGAUGUUCCAGAGGUUCCCGACGUCGAGAACCGGGCAUCGGUGUGGCUGGAGAGGAUAAACAAGCGCUCAACAGUGUCGUCCACUGGGAAUUCCACGGCUGACACAGGUCACUCUCCCAAAACCACCAGAGAAAUAAGCGCUCAGCUAGAGAUGCAAACUCCGAUUCCACAAAGUCCGGCUCUCAACAAAAACACCACCCUCGAGUUUCAACGAUCGAAACGAUAGAUCAAGUGGUGCCUUUAAGAAGUGAUAGUGAUGCCGAGGGAGAAGAACGCAGCUGCAAACUCCGCAAGAUUGUUUCGAGCAGCAGCAGUAGCGAUCGAAGCGAUCGAAUUUACAGCGCUAGAAGAAGGCGAAGGUCGUGAAAGAAACUCGCAAAGAGCGUGUAAUUUCCAAGUCCUCCAUUCUUUUUUCUAGAAAUCUAUCCUAUCUAUCCAUCUCUUUA